GCGGCGGCGGCGGCGGCAGGCGUGAGAUCAGCAUCGGAAGAACUCCUGUCAAGAAGGGGGUACGGAGCGGCCAACACGGAAAGGGUACCGUUUUGCAUCCCAACUGCCGGCAGGAAAACAGAGACGGUGAGAGAGCGAGCGAGCGAGCGAGAGAUAACAUAACAUCCAAAGCCCGAAGAAAGUGACAAACCUUCAGCAGGAGCAAGGCACUCGCAGUGACACACCGAACCAUCCAGAGAGACACUGCGUCGUCAUCUACAAAGAGAAGUCCACAUCGUAAUCAACACAUCUAGCGGGCGGCAACCAAGGGUUAUUCACCACCACCGAACCCCCGCGCGCUCGAAACCCCUUUCCUUCCAGUGUAUCGGCGUGUGAGGGAAGGAUGAGGGCGCUGCUGACCGCACGUAAGAUGAUGCUACAAUUGCAACCGAUCAAGCAACAACCCAACCACCGCCGUGUUAAUCAAGCAUUUUAGGGCACGUAACGAAAGGAAAGAAAGGCAAAGGGCGCUCCCAACCCAACCCUGUGUGGGAGUGUGUGAAAGCGAGAUAGAAGAGGAAGAAGACGCGCAAGAAGAUCUCACAAGUUGGUGGUGGCAAGGAAAUCUCACAUGGACGGAGCGGCGCGUGUCGACCUCGACAUCAUUUCGCGCUGUUAAUGGAAGCAGGUAGAGCGACGCUCGAAUCGAACUAAACUCGACUGGGGAAUCGAAACGAGAGAGACAGAGAGAGAGAGAGAGAGAGAGAGGGAGAGAGAGGGAGAGAGAUAAAAUUAGCAUCCUCUGGACAUGGCGUCCGAUACAGAGGAUGAACUGCAGCCAACCACCUCGGCCGGUGCCGCGGCGUCAACAUCGACGGCGGCGGCAGCGAGGGCGGGCAGGCGGCUGCGCAACCGGAACGUGCUGAACGUUGAGGACAGCGAUAAUGAUAGUAGUGGCAGCGGCCCCAUUGCCGGCCCGAGCCGGCGUCGCACGGUGCCAGUGGCAAAAAUGGACCUAGCGUCCGAGAGUUCCGAGUGGGAAUCGGACUGGAACAGCGACGAGGAGCAGCUGCUGGAGAAGGGCGACAAGGACGCGGUGGCGGCAGUGCUGGCCAGCAAGCUCGGCUACGCGUCGGACGAGUCGAGCGGCAGCAGCAGCAGCAACGACAGCGAAAAGUGUCCCAUCUGUCUGUUGUCCCUGCACAACCAGGAGGUGGGCGUGCCGGAGGUGUGCGAGCACGUAUUUUGCGCGCCGUGCAUCGAGGAGUGGUCCCGCAACGUGUCCACCUGUCCGAUCGACCGGAAGGGGUUCGAGCUGAUCAACAUCUACGCGGACCUGGAGCGCCGGCAGCAGCAGAAGGAGGUGCUGCGGGUGUACCGCGUCCAGCCCAAGCCGGCCGAGGGCGAGGGCGAGGAGGAGGGCCAGGGUACGGCCGGCGCAGGAGGGCUGCCGGUUGUGCCGGAAGCCGACGAGCUGACGUACUGCGAGGUGUGCCGGCAGGCCCACAGCGAGGAAACGAUGCUGCUGUGCGAUUCGUGCAAUCUCGGCUACCAUAUGGAGUGUCUGAAUCCGCCGCUGCUGGAGAUCCCGUCCGGCUCGUGGUACUGCGACUGCUGCUUCGCGUCCGGGUCCGACGAGGACGACAACGAGCUGCAGGAUCUGCUGGACGACCUGAACGAGAUCGGCGGCAUGCGCGAGUCCCGGCUGCGGCAGCGCAUCCAUAGCCCGCUGCGUAUCGUGCGGACGCGUCAGAGCGAGCGCAUACGGGCGGCCAUCUUGACGCGGGCGGCCGCUGCAGUGCGGCUAAACAUUGUGCAAAGUUCGCCGGAUGGGGCCGCAGGCCCGUCGACGGUAGCGGCGAGGGUGCGCCGGCUGGCAGCUGGCUCGUCCGCGCAUGGCGGAAGCAGCAGCAGCAGCAGUCUAGUGGCCGUGGCCGCACCGCCCCGUGCGCGCAAAACCGUGAAGCGGAAGCGAAGGCGCCGCACGAGGCGAAAAAUCCUCAGCAUGAUCAUCUCCGAGUACGACGUGGACGACAACGAGAAUGGAACGGGCGCGGGCGGGCCCGGCGAUGGGCAGAAGUUUGCGAUCAAGCGCAAGAAGCUGUACAGCACGCUGCGCAAGCUGCGCAAAAAGCGCGCGAAGCGAAGGAAAUCGGGCGGCCUUGCGGGGGCCGGCGGAAGCAGGCGGCGCGGUGCGGCGGCAGUGGCAGCGGCUGCCCUGGCGGCCGGCGGCGAAGGCGCAGACCUGCUGCGCUCUACCAACGCGAUGGAGGACUCGGUGCAGCGACAGCGCAUCGGGGCAGGCAUUACGCCGCUGAAGAUAUUCGGCGGGCGGAACGACCUGGACUACUUCAGCGACGACGACGACGAGGAGGAGGGCAGCAGCACGGGCGGUGCGGGCGGAGCAGGCGGCUCGACACUGGUGGCGGGCGGUGCGAUGGGCUCCCGGCUGCGCAACGUGCUAGGACGCAGGCGCGUGCUGAAGAGUGGAUUCGAAAGCUUCAGCACGCCAUCGCCGGGCGGCAACGGAUCGACCGGGCCCGAUCUGCUCGGCAGCAUCCUCGAGAGCCAGGAGCGGUGGCACUCGCGGGACGGACUGCGAAACGUACGCAUCAAUGGGGGGAAAAUCAUUUUCCCCACCGACACGCCACCGAACGGGGGCGAUCGGCGCCGAGCACCACCGGCCGGCCCGAGCGGGCGGAAUGCGGCAGAAGGGGCGGUGAAUGUGGCUGCCAACACGCCCGGCAGCAGCACGACCACCCAAUCCAUCCCGAGCAGUGGAGGUAAUGGGGCAGGCAGCAGCACUAGCAGCGGUACGGGCGGAACAAGCUCUUCCUCGAAUACUAUUGUCACCAACGGCACGGGAGCGGGAGGAACGGGUGGUACAAGCAGCUCUAGCGCUAGCGCAUCCGGAGCUUACACGAACACUUCCCAAGCGUCGCUCUUAACCGGUUCCCCGAUGGGCGGAAAAGCGUCCUCGGGCGCCAACGCAUCGAGCAGCAAUCAGCCGAACGAUGGCGACAGAACGGAUGAGGAGGAACAGCCCGAAAAGGAAGGACCGAAGGAAAACGACAAGACUGUUUCCGGCUGCCGACUGCCGAAGGGGCUCGCACACCAGGAUGUGGAGGGAGAGGCAGGCUCUAGCGGAUCGGCAGCAGCGGCGGCGGCAGAAAACAAUUGUCCCAACUUCUCCGUCUAUUCGUCGGAGACGCUGCAGUACGCGAAGGGGGCCAGCGAUGGAAACCAGCCGUACGAUCCGCUGGACAGUGAGCAGCGCAGCGAUGAGGACGAUAACGACCGGUUUGCGGGUGAACGGGACGAGGAUCUGGUGCAGCUCGACGAUGACGACAUGGACGGGGAACCAUACACGGCGGAUCCGAAGCAAUGUGCCGCGACGCCUACCACCUCCAGCGCUGCUACCGUGAAUGGCGAGAAGGAGGAAGCGGCCCAGCCAGCGCCUGAGACGGAGAAAACUACCAGAGAAGAGGAACAGGAGGAAGAGGAAGACGAAGGUACGCCAGCGCGGGACGAGUUUGAUUCGGAGAGCGACGAUGAGCUGAAGAAAAUUGAGGCGGACUCAAACCGCGGAAUCGACGGUGGCCGGAGAGAGGGGCUGGAUGCGCUAACGCCUCCACUGACGACCUCGCUGGUCGCUGCGCUCGGUGCUUCGGGUGCGGCGAUGGCAGCCGCUUCGGCCAUCGCUACGGCCAACUUCGGUGCGCCGGCCGGUUUGCUCGGGCCGGGCGAGGACGACCGCAGCUACACCCCCUGCCUGGACGAGAAGUAUCAGGAGCGGCGCGAGCUGAUCGACGCCGGCGAAGGUCCUUCCGGCGAGGGCACUUCCGGGCUGGCCUCGUCGUCGCGCUUCCGCAGCCAGGGCAGCGCGAUCGACACGGCCGGCAUCGAUGGCAUGGACACGGAGCUGAUUUCCGACGAGGAUGAGGCCGAGUUUGCGGAGGCUGCGGGGGAGCAUGGGGCGGCCGACGGUGCCGGCCCAUCGGGCUCGAAAGGUGCGGCCUCGGCGAAGCGCAAGGAACAGCUGGCCGCGUUCAAGAAGGUAACGAAGAAGGGCCGCGAGCGCAACUAUCGCGAGAAGGACACGAAGAAACGCUCCUCGCGCGAGCGCGGCCGGCGAGGGGACGACGGUGGCGAGCCGGAUCGACGAAACGGUCGCACCGGCGACAGGGAUAGCGGUGGCGAGGGCAGCAAAUCGAUGGACCGUCGGAAUAGGCCCCGUCGCCCGAAGCGCAAGGAGCUGCCGCGGUACGACAUUCGCUCGAUCAUUGCGGAGAAGCGGCCGCGCAUUCUGAAGGAUCCGUUCGGCAGGGACAUUACGCCGAAGCGACGGUCGCGCACACGCACUCCGUCGCGCAGCCGAUCGCGGGAACGGCGCAACCUGUCCAUUUCCCUCUCGCCGGAGCCCCUGCCAGCGGUACGAUCGCGCGGCCCGGGCGCAGGAUUCAAUACCGGACGGAGGCGCUCUCUAUCACCGUUAGCUGUGCCGCCGCGCCAUCGGGGACGAUCGCCACCGCACGGAGCGCGUUCGCCGCUGCCACCAUUCCGCCGGUCACCCCGCCGAUCAUCGUCCCGGUCACGGUCCCGCUCGAGGGGCGGUGGACGCUCCGGUGUACCGCUGCCACCGCUCGGACUGCGCUCACUGUCGCCCCGGUCACCACCGCCACCAAGGGGCCGGUUUGCCCGUUCGCCCCGCUCGCGGUCCCUGUCCCGGUCGCGAUCACACUCCCCACCACCACACCAUCGGCCGGCAGUGCGGCGGGGAAGUUUCCGCCGCUCGCUUACACCUUCCCGGUCGCCGCCCGAUCGACGCGUGGGCCGCACGAAAAAGAAGGCCAAGCGAAAGAAGCGCCCGGUAUCGGUCAGUCGCAGCCGCAGCAGAAGCCGCAGUCGCAGCCGGACCCCCCGCAGCCGUAGCCGUAGCCGCAGUCGAAGCCGCAGUCGAGGUCGGGGCCAGAAGGCGUCCCUGGCGGCAGCCCGAAACGCCGGCCGGAAGAAGAAACCCAAGAAUCGACGCAGCGUGUCACCACUGCCACCGCCGGUAGCCAAAACCGUCGGCAAGAAGCAGAAGAAAAAGAAGGAACGAAAGCGAUCCUUCUCACCGCUGGGACGAUCCCGUUCGCGGUCUCGCUCGCGCACCCCACCGCCUUCGACCGCAGCCCCGAACGCAUCCGGCAUGCUUACCGAGCGCUUCGGCAAGGGCAGCGGAGGUGGAGGGCGUGCGCAGCGCGACAGCUCCUGGACGCCUCCGCCCCUGCCGGCAGCCCUGUCCGGCUCGCGACUGAAAUCGAACGGACCGGCUGCGUCGGCCUCGGCUGCCGCCGCCAGCCUGACGGUGAUUCUCACGAACGAGGAAGCGCUGGCGAAGCAGCAGGAGGAAGCCCUGCUCGGCGGCAAGGAGCGGGACGGACGCAGCGGCAAGCAGGCACGCAAGGAGGCGCGCCGCCGGGAGCGGGAGGCCCGCGAGAAGAAUGCCACCCUCCCCUCGAAGGAAGUAUUUACAUCGGGUGAUAAUAUUCUUGUAAGUGUUAGCUUUAACGAUAAGGGAGCGGCGGCAGCGGCGUCGACGGCAUCCGGUUCCGGCAGUAAGGACGGAGCGCAGGAGAAGCAACCGAGCGCCGAGCAUUCGCGGCAUCACCACCACCAUCACCAUCAUCACGGGGCGGAACGAUCAUCGGGCGGUGGCAAACAACAGCAGCAGCAGCAACGCCAGAAGGACUCCGCCGGAGGUGCCGCGUCCGGCAAGCGACAGCGAGCGGUGGAAGGCGAGCGGCCAAAGAACAAGCGGCUGGAGGGCCGGCUGAAGCAACGCACACGCUCGACGAUCGAUGUGACCGCGAAACCGGUGGUCAUUAUCGAUUUGGACGGGUCGCCGUUCCGGGUGCUGACGCCGUCGCCCAAGGCGGUCAUCGUGCUGUCCGACAGUGACACGGAGAAGGACAAGGAUCGUCGUGGAGGCAAUGGAGGAGCUGCAGGUGUUAGUGGCGCUGCAGGAAACGCUACAGCCGGUGCGAACCUGGAGUCAGGAGCCGGAGCAGCGGCCGGUACGGGAAUGAGCCAAGAAAAGAGUGGUGCUGGACUGCUGAUGCGAAGUGGAGGCGCUGUUGGAAGUACGCUCGGCCAGUCGCUCGGUUUGAUGGACGGACCGAAUGCGAUGGGUGUUGGUGUCGGUGCUGGAGGAGCCACCGGGGCGGCCAGUUCAUCCACCACCGGAGUGCUGCGCAAAACGCCACCCGAACGACGCUCACCCGUGGACGACAUGUUUGGGCCGAAGACACCGCCCGGUUUCCCCACCAGCAGCAGCGGAUCUGGCCUUGGCAACCAGCAAUCGCUCAAGACCCUGCAGGCACCGAAGUUCUCGAUGCAGGUCAAGACGAAGUCGACGAACCUGCGACCGGUCAACCCGCUGUACGAUCCGGGCGAUUUGGACGAGGGCAAGGAGGACAGUCCCGAACGGCAGGAUGACACCGUGGCGGGCGACAGUGCGGUGGGCGAUGAGAGCGGAAGUGUGUCCCAGUCGCAGGGAGGUUUGGGCAUGGGCUAUGGUGCGGGUGGCAGUGGCGGUGGCACAAUUGCCACCGUGGGACCGAACACGCCACCGGAACCGGCACCCCAAUCGCCCUCGCCGGACGUGUACGAUCCGUUCGAGCCGACCAAGUCGCCCUCGCCUUCACCAACGCCCGGCGGAUCGUUGCGUGACCGGUCCGAUGCCCUUUCCAUUGGACGCCUGUCCGACGAGGAGCAGAGCAAGACGACGAAUCGGGACGGCUCAGCGCCAGGCUCGAGCGCGGACGGUGGAAUGAUGAUGCUGGACGGUGGUGCCGAAUCGAACGACACCAUGAACGGCGUUGGUCCUGUGGGCAGCGGUGGCGGACCAGACACGGGACACUCCCGAACACCUCCGCAGUCGCAGCUGAUGAGCCGCAGCAAUGGUAACAGCGGUAAGGUCACGGUACUCAGCAACAUCGUCCUUGGCGGAUCGGCCGCGGCCAACUCGAACCCGAAGGCGGGUGUGUCGGAUCCGUCGGGCGCAAACUCCGAUUCCGACGUGAUCUUCGACGAGUUCGUACCGUCGUCGUCGGGUGGGCCGGCGAACAACCUCAUCUCCAAGCUGCCACUGCCACUGGCCGGUGCCGCCGGUCAGCAGGGACAGUCGGCCGGCAAGUUUGCCGACUUCCUGAACCCGACCGACUCACCGUACUCGCCCGGGGCGAGCGAUUUCGACGAUCUGUUCGAACCGCCCGGCGGCGCCGGAGGCAUGGAUAUGCUGGAUUCGCCCCCGAUGCACACGCACCCGAGCAGCAAGCAGCAGCAGCAGUCGAAUCAUCAGCAACAUUCGAAUGCCAACUCGCAACCGUCGGCGGGACGAUCGUCGAAACCGAUGCCACCGACGAAGGCGGCCAAAAAGUCGACCAACCAGUUUGACUCACUGUUUGGCUCGCCGAACCUGCACAACAGUGGCAAGGCGGGCCGAAGCCGGAAGGGUCCACACAAACGUUCGAAGGGAGGAAAAUCAAACCAAAAAGGUGAUACCGCCAACGACGAAGAUCCGUCUAAGCUGUCGGAUAAGGAGAAGUACCUGAAGAAACUCAACCGUCUCGAGCGUGUCGUCGAGGAGGUCAAGCUGGUCAUCAAGCCGUACUACAACAAGAAGCAAAUCAACAAGGACGAAUAUAAAGACAUUUUGCGCCGAGCCGUACCGAAGAUCUGCCACAGCCGCACGGGCGAGAUCAAUCCCAUCAAGAUACAGAAGCUUAUCAAGGCGUACGUGCGCAAGAUUCGCGGCAAACGCCGCAUCUCGAAGAAAGGUUCCGGCGGCGGCGGCGGUGGUGGUGGUGGUGUCCUUGGGCAGCUCGGAAUGCCGAUGGCAAACAGUAACUCCAUCAUCAUCUGAGCCACCCCAAUGAGCACAACAUACUCUACAAAACUCUACAAGUGAACAAAACAAAAGAAGCAAGCUACCAUUAUAUUCCACACAUCGAACAGAAAGGGCAUGGACGCAAUAUCGAUCAUGUGUUUGAAGGAUGGUUCUAAAGCAGCAUACAGCCAGCACCGUGUAAAAACAAAUAUUAACUGCUUAAAACAAACUGUCUAUCAAAAAGUGUACUCUUACCCGCCACGUGGCGAUUUGCACGAUUAUGAUUAGUGGGAUAGGUCUUACAGUAACGAUUACGCUGAGGAAUAAUGUAUAAUUAAUGUAUUUUACACACAUCUAUCGGUUAGGGUAUGUACAGGACUUGCGCAGAAACUCGUAGGAUAGACAAGUUGAAGAAAUUCGCCUGCACCUUUGGCAAGAGAGAGGGUGGAUACGAUGGCGGCGCGCGAGUGUGUGUGUGUGUGGUGUAACGCUCCGCAAUUACGGUGGAUUGAUUUAUCCUUAAGUUUGUCGUCCCCACCCACGGAUCUUCCACAUCUGCUCGCCAGCUCUCGUCGAAUUUCGUUCGUUAAGUCGUAGAUCAGGUUCAGGACACUGUGAAAAGCAGUGUUGACAAAAUAACACUAUCACGUAAAAUUACUUAUCAUAUUGGGACACGCAUCGUAAUGCUAGAGCUAGACGCAGUACAAUCUGGAGGAAGGCAUGAAGAACUUCAAAACAAGUAUGUGUGUAAACGCUCUCCUGCGCGUUAUGUCGUGCAUAUCCAGAUGCUUCUCGGAGACUUCAGAACAAAUUAAGUAAUUUAAAAACAAAAUAUACUGUUUUAGAUGAAAGCUAGACGCUAGACGAAAUUAUAAAAGUGCACCCAAGCUAGUAGAAAAGGUGAAAAACGGAAAGGACGUUAUAUACACAUACACUUUGUGCAACCGAUCGUCACUGUCAUGUUGGAGUUAAUGUGCUGUUGCGUGUUGUAGAAGAAGAAAUAGUAGCAAAUAGUAAUUAGAUAACAACUGUAGCACAUAGAAAGAAGAGGGAAAGAACCUUGUUGUAUUAAGAAGCUAACAUUAACGAGGGAGCGUGUUGGGGCCCUCUACUUAAGGGCACACGAAUUGUAAGUAAGGUACGGGGGAAAAAGGUUAGCAGCGUGUUUUUUUGUUUUUGGAGGUUUCGUGUAUGUUUGAGUGUUUGUAGUACAGCAGUAUGAACACAGAAAACACGCAAUAGGAGUUAGUAAAGCUUCCAAACUGGCGCGGAAAUGCAAUCACAUGGUUCGCAUGUUGGGCAGCAUGACGCACGGCGCUGAGAGGCACCGAUUCAAUAAUUAAGAUAUUUAUAGAUUGAUUGUAUUAUAGGCAAGCGGCAAGCGGAGUAAACACACAUGCUGCUACAAUUAUGUGGCGCAAAACGAAGGCAAACAGAUACGACAUUUGCCCUAGAUUCUCCCGAUGGGUGGUGAUAUAAAGCCGAGUGUACAGCGCAUCGUGCAUGCGACGCUGUGAGAGUAAAAAAGAAGGAUCGAUCUAUUAUAGAACCCACUGUACACCGUAAUGCAUGCCCUUACUCAAAAGAAUAAUAUACAUAUUUAUUAUCAUAAUAUCUAACUGCACACAGGUCACGGGCCAAUCUGAGAGACACAAAUUAAAGACACACACACAGAAAGAGAGACACAUGAACGCAUCCACACGCUGUUUGUAAGCAAAAGGAAAAGGCCGGUUCCGGUUGCGGACGGUAGAAUCCGGCAUUGCGCGACCUUUAUGAUUCACUUACCGCUUGAAACUUUCGUCACUAAUACGCAACUGUUUGUGGAGGAGUUGGCGCAAACUAAAAGAACUGAGUCUGGUCUGAGUAGCGAACUCAACUAUCGGAUAGAAGAUUGUAUUUUGGGGAGUGUUGUGCGGGCGUGUGUGUGUAUGUGGUUUCUAGGAAAACGCCAGUUAUUUUCAAAAAUUAAAUUUCUCACUUGCGCGCUAGGAAUUAUUGAGUGACGAUGGAAAAAGUUCCAACUGUGAAAAGAAAGACCAGACCCGGGGCGCGAGACGUCACGGUUUGUGUGAAAGGUGGGGGACAUGGCAAUCCUCUUUCUCCUGCGUACCACACCAAGAUGCGAGAGAGAGAGAGGAAGAAAAUGAACAUGAAAAUGGAAAGAAAAACUUGAUUUAAUAAAAAUGCUAGUAUCUAAGCGAUAUGGAAAGUA